CAGACCUACAGGUGGGGAGGAGAGCCAGUGAUGGGGCCACGUGACGCUUCCUCUCCCACCCUCUUCUUGCCCUGCCAGGGCAACAUAUCCCAGUACAGUCUGCCUGAAAUGGAGAACGAGGACCAGCCUUUCUACCAAGAGCUGGACAGUAGGAGAAGACAGAGAAGGAGGAGAUAUUCCGAGAAAGGAGGGGAGGAAGAUGGCCAUAAGCAUGGCCAAGCGCAGCGCGACCUGCAGGAGAUGGAGAGCAAGUACCGGCACAGCCAGAUGGAGUGGGAGCAGGUGCAGGAGGAGCUCCGUCUGUGCAAGGAGGAGAUUGAGAGGCUGAAUGGCAGCAUCCCCAUUGGAGGACGGGUCUCCCCCGCCCCCGGCUCUCCCACAAUUUCACUCCCUCUCAUAGGACUGGUUGUCAUAGUAGCUCUGCUCUGGUGCUGGUGGGCUGAGACCUCCUCCUAAACCCAAUCAGGUCCCCGUUGGAGGAAUGAAGCCCCUCGCCCUGUUUGUCGUCUUGGCGGGGGGCUUAAUCUUGCUGAAGAGAUUCAGCAGCAGUGGAUCGCUGACCUGAGGACCCUCCCAGCCUCCUUGUGGAGAGGACCACGCUUGCCACAUGCCCUGUCCCCCAUCCCAACUUGGUGAAAACUGAGCAACAACACCCCCUCCCAACCCGACUGCUCAGAGGAGCCUCUGGAUCCAGCCCCCGCGAUUUCUGGGAAGGGCCAGCUCAUCUCAGCCAGGGCAGGCCCUUAGCUGCCCAUCCCCCCUUACCCUCUUUGAAUCCCCCCCUGGCUUGCACUGUGCCAUGCUCCCCCCCCCGAAAAGAGCAGGAGGACGGUCCAGUAAUUGGGCUUCCAAGUUGUAUCUGCUUCCAGCUCUUGGCCCCAGGAUGGUGGGACAAGACAUCUCUGGAUCACCACACCAAGUCUUGGCACUGCUUCUGGGGGGUCUGAAACUGCCCUCUUUCUAAACUGGGGGGGACACCGGGAACGGCUGAGAGGGCUCGGGAGGGAGGAGUCAGGGCAUUGGCUGAGCCCAGCCUGGUCUGGGAGCCCGGCCAAAUGGAGCCGAGAGCCCUUCCCCUUUGCAGCCCCUCGCCUGCCAGAGCCCCUGCUGAUCCCCACUCUGCCCUUUGAAAGGUGGCUGACCCCCACAGCUUAAAUACCGCGUGCAUUUCCCGGGGAAUCGCGUGCCACGAGCAUGGAAGUCAGAGCAGGGUGUUGGGUGGGACGAGGCUGUUUGUCCAGCAAUAUUAGAGCCUCUUUUAACACUGAUGCUCCGGAGGGGCCGAGGCAGAACAUGCCUCCCUUUGCAUUCCCCGUUCUUAUUUUUCUCAGAGCUCCUGCUCAUUUCUCCCCAUCUCAGGAUAGGCACAAUCUGUGCAUUUUGUCCACGCGCCUGCUUCCUUCCUCCUCUUUCGUGGCCCGACCGUGCUGCUGCAUUGCACACAGUAUUGUUGGGCUCCUGGGGCUGCUCCACGUGGCCGUCUGUUUCUCUGUGUGUGUGAAUGAUGUUUGAUCCUUCAACCCCAGCACGAUUGGAUGUAACAACCCCCCUGUGGCCCCUGGAGCCUGCCAUUGCUUAUUUUCAACCCGGGGUGUCUGCAGGGUGUGCUUAAAACAGUGAAGUUGGUGGCCACCAUGGUGUGGCCAGAGCUCUGCAGAGCUUCGAUCACGUUGUCGUGGCCACCAGCUUCACCGCAGACACCCCGGUUUUCCACGUAGACGGGAGCAGGCGGGACGCCACAGCACCGGGUCUGCCAUUUUGGGUUCAGGGUCUGCUGUUCUCGCCCCGCAUGUGGUGUGCAAUCGUGUUCUUGCAUGUGUAGCCCCCUCCGUCCGUUCACGGCUGGUUCCCCGCCUCCCCUGGAUCUCCUCCCUUGACCUGCUCUCUGUCUCCACCAUGAAGGGGCCCGUUGCAGACCAGCACAAGCCGACCACCCCAGAGACUCUGCAAAACGUUCUCCUUGCCGUCUUCUCUGUUGUAACUCGGUAAAAAGAGCUUUAUAAAUA